AUGGAUUCGCUGCAUGAGGCGCAUUUGGAGCGGAUUUUAGAGAACCGCCGUAGACGUGGAGUGGUCGUCAGCCACGGCAACCGAUGCGGCCCCUCCACUGCGACACAGACCGGGCAGUGGGAGGUCACGGGAAGUGGGGGGUCGCCAACACUGACGAAGCCAGACUUGAGCCCCAAUCCACGAGCUGCGCUGAGCUACAGUGCGACGGACGCAACAGAGCCGUGUGAAAACGCCGCCCAAGCGACCCGAGCCGCGGUAGUUACAGGGCCUGGCAACCGGCGAGACGGCUUGGAAAACGAAGGCUUCAACCAGGGAUGGCCGAAUUUGGGCGGGAACGCGGCUGAGCGUGACACGGGGCUGUGCAACCAAAUCCGUUCACCACGCUUUGGUACUCGUGACGGCGGCAACUUUGGAAGAAAUUGUCGUCGCUGGAGCAACGAAAACUUGCUUUGUACGUGGCGCCCCUUGAGGACCUCCUCUGCCUUCUGUGAGGACACCAGUUCCUUCGUGGGGAAUGGCACCGGCUUCUGCUCCGCCAGGUCUCCGCGUCGAACCGUGCCGUUGUUGACGUAUGGCGUAUCCGACGCCUCUCCCUCAUGGUGGUGCGGAGGUGGCUCACGCAGAGGGAGGACCGUGUCACUCCGCCCCCCUUCGUCGUGGCACAGCGGGACACGGUCCUUUCAACGCCAGCCCGGGUACCGCCAUAGGGAUGUCGGCGACAGUAGGCAAAGCUACAGCAGGGGUCGGCAUGGAGAGACACGAAGCUACGGGCGCUACGACAGCUCACUGCGCCAUUACAUGGGUGGCCCAAGAGGCGUGCUGCAAAUGUCGGCUCAACGCUUCAAGCCUAACAGGGCGGCUGAAUUUCUUUGUGGGUCCCCCACCGAGCGCAACUGGCAAGCGGCAGGAACAGUGAUAUACACCGGAAACGGUACGAAGGAUGAAUGGAACCCGUUUGUCUCUUUACAACAGCGCCGGCGACCGCCUGGCUCGCCGCUUCCUCAAGGAGCCUCAGUAUCUGGGGCGAAUCGCGACAGUAUGGCUGGACCAACCAAAGACGUGGUUGGGUUGCCGAGCACGCGAACUACGAUAGAUAUUUGUACCAGCGUGUCUAUUUUGGCGGCUGGUGACUGGUUUUACAAGUGGGGCGGCAACGGCGCCGCCGUCUCACCACGGUGGGUGUGGGUGGAUGCACAGACUCAUCUCCUGCUGUGGGCGCAUAAGGAAACCUACGAGAGCGCCUUUGCCGGGGCCAUCAAGCUUGAGAAGAUUCUUCAUGUGGAUUCUCGUGAGCUGCAGUACCCGAGUGACGACGGCAUCCCUCGGACCUACCACGUUCUUUUGGUGGAAACCACCAAGCGUGUCCUGCAGUUGGCCACCGAGCGGCGUAUAAAGGCAGACACGUGGUAUGAGGCUCUGACCAACGUCGUGUUGUACCUCCGGUCUCAUAACUUCGGCGUUCCCUCCGCCUAUUCCGCGCCGUGA